ACUUCAUUGGAAUAUACUCGUUCAUGGAGAGGUCCGGUUGGGGCUACUUGGAACUUCUUGGAACUGUUCGAUAUCGCCGCAGUCCUCCACCAUAUCCAUACGCACCUCAAGCCUGGCGAACACCACACCACGCUGUGCCCGUCCAUCCGAGGCGUCGGGAAUGGGGCCCAACAUUGGCCGUGGAGGGGACCGAUACGAAUCGUAUACGGCGGGGGAAACGUGAAAGUUCAAAACAGAGAAACGGCAAAACAGCUGGGCAAAAUGUAGUGCUGGAAAGCAAGUCAAAGGAAGCUAUGCUGGAAACCGAGUCAAAGGAAGCUGUGCUGGAAACGCAGUCGAAAGAAACUGUGCUGGAAAACAUACCUCUCUCACUUUCAUUUCGUGUGCGACAUUUUGAGUCAUUCUGGGAAAAUAAAAAUCAAAUUUUCAAUAAUCUGAACGUAAUGGCGCCCCGCAGAAGUGCUCGUAUUUUGGCGUCCCUUGCCGCCCCGCCCUUGCCCCGACGCGCUGCGUUCCUCCGCGCAGUGGAGGCCAUAUCCGUUCACGGGCGCCUCAGGACCACCACCACUGCUAUCCAGCGCCGCAGGACCACCACCACUGCCAGCCAGCGCCGUGCAAUCCAGAUCGCUGCCAACCAGCCGCCCGCUGAGGACCCUCCCGUUGUCAACCGUGGCGGGAUCAAUAAUCUGAACGUAAUGGCGCUCCGCAGAAGUGCUCGUAUUUUGGCGUCCCUUGCCGCCCCGCCCUUGCCCCGACGCGCUGCGUUCCUCCGCGCAGUGGAGGCCAUAUCCGUUCACGGGCGCCUCAGGACCACCACCACUGCUAUCCAGCGCCGCAGGACCACCACCACUGCUAUCCAGCGCCUCAGGACCACCACCACUGCUAUCCAGCGCCGCAGGACCACCACCACUGCCAGCCAGCGCCGUGCAAUCCAGAUCGCUGCCAACCAGCCGCCCGCUGAGGACCCUCCCGUUGUCAACCGUGGCGGGAUCAAUAGUCGCGGUACCAAUCGCCGUGGGACCAACCGCCGCGAGCCCAAUCGCCGCGGUACCAACAGUCUUCCUGUGCAGGACACCGCACCGAUCGUGACGCUCCUCCAGAAUCCCGACCCACAACGUGGCACCGGUAACCAUGCCGUCAUGGGAGCUUUGGCCGCUAGCUUACAAGUUGCGGGGCUCCAAAUUAGGCGUACGCCGCCUCCGCAAGGAGCGAUCCGACGGACGGGUGCACGGUGGAGUUAGUGGACGACUGUAUCUACGACUGGAAGGCCGUUAAUCUCGGGCCCUUGGGCACGCCCUACGAGGGCUGCCACUUUAAACUACGCCUUUACUUUCCGCAGACGUACCCAGCUCGACCACCGUUUUUGAUGAUCCUUACAAAGGUCUACCAUUGCAACGUACACAACAGCGCUAUCUGCGUGGGGGUGGACGGCCUGCUACGCCCAGACUUGAGAUUCCACGAAGUCUGAAUAAUCCCACACUUUCCGAAUUCUUCGGGCACCAUGAGAACAUACUAACAUAAUAUACAAUUUAUAUAUGACUGAAAUAAAGGCCCAGGCUGUGAGUUGUCUGAUACAAUGAUAACAGACUUUACUGCGCAAAAUUAGUGUUAUAAGUCGAAGAACUGACCAAACGACGAGACCACCUUGUAUAAUUGCAUCAUGAUCUCGACUUUUUUGCUUUGCUUUUUUGCAUUUUUGAGGUACAGAAAUCUCGCAGAGUCUGGCAACACUAUUCCUGACGAUAUUUUGUAAGAAUGCUGCUGUGGGCACACUUGUAUGCAAGAAGCGUUUAUAGGGAUGGGUAUCUUCAAGAAUAUAUCGAUAUUGAUCAUAUAUCGAACAUGUCGGUCUAUCUAUCGAGAAGAAUAUAAAUUAGACAUGUACAAAUAUCGCAAGAAAGCGUACUUAUGGAUGCAUAAUUUAUGCACGCACCAAGCAUAGCGACGAUUACAUGAAGAUGAAGUAUUUUCUCUCAGCGAUACCCAAAUAUGAGAUGAGUCAAUGGUUUGCGAUAGAUCGUAAGAAUAAUCGAUGCAUUCAUCCAACAAAUAUCUUUUAAAACAGGAAUAUCUCAUUCCCAUAUCGAUACAGUAUCGAUGCCCAUUCCAUUUUAUCUUUUGGAAGCUCUUUUCUGAGACGCACCAGUGAGAAAUUCGUACUGGCGUUUUCCAGCACUGGCCGAAAAUCAGCUGUGCCAAAAGCAGAUUUCUUUGAAAGCCAUUUUGCAACACAAGAGAACAGACUCGUGUUAAGUUAAAGUUCAAUUACAACUCAUUAUAUUCGAGGAGGCACAUGCUACUCCCUAAAAAUCGUGUCCCACUGGAGGGCACAAGGCAAAGACGAGUCUCCUCCCUCCUCCUCCAGCCACGACUGGCACCAUCGCAUACUGGAGACUGGAGAGUGGAGUCUGGAGAGUGGAUCAUCAAUGUGCUGGCCUGUGGAGAGGAAAGCCCCAUCGACUUAUGCAGUGGAGAGGAAAACUGUAAUGGCGCCCCGCAGAAGUGCUCGUAUUUUGGCGUCCCUUGCCGCCCCGCCCUUGCCCCGACGCGCUGCGUUCCUCCGCGCAGUGGAGGCCAUAUCCGUUCACGGGCGCCUCAGGACCACCACCACUGCUAUCCAGCGCCGCAGGACCACCACCACUGCCAGCCAGCGCCGUGCAAUCCAGAUCGCUGCCAACCAGCCGCCCGCUGAGGACCCUCCCGUUGUCAACCGUGGCGGGAUCAAUAAUCUGAACGUAAUGGCGCUCCGCAGAAGUGCUCGUAUUUUGGCGUCCCUUGCCGCCCCGCCAUGGCCCCGACGCGCUGCGUUCCUCCGCGCAGUGGAGGCCAUAUCCGUUCACGGGCGCCUCAGGACCACCACCACUGCUAUCCAGCGCCGCAGGACCACCACCACUGCUAGCCAGCGCCUCAGGACCACCACCACUGCUAUCCAGCGCCGCAGGACCACCACCACUGCCAGCCAGCGCCGUGCAAUCCAGAUCGCUGCCAACCAGCCGCCCGCUGAGGACCCUCCCGUUGUCAACCGUGGCGGGAUCAAUAAUCUGAACGUAAUGGCGCUCCGCAGAAGUGCUCGUAUUUUGGCGUCCCUUGCCGCCCCGCCCUUGCCCCGACGCGCUGCGUUCCUCCGCGCAGUGGAGGCCAUAUCCGUUCACGGGCGCCUCAGGACCACCACCACUGCUAUCCAGCGCCGCAGGACCACCACCACUGCUAUCCAGCGCCUCAGGACCACCACCACUGCUAUCCAGCGCCGCAGGACCACCACCACUGCCAGCCAGCGCCGUGCAAUCCAGAUCGCUGCCAACCAGCCGCCCGCUGAGGACCCUCCCGUUGUCAACCGUGGCGGGAUCAAUAAUCUGAACGUAAUGGCGCUCCGCAGAAGUGCUCGUAUUUUGGCGUCCCUUGCCGCCCCGCCCUUGCCCCGACGCGCUGCGUUCCUCCGCGCAGUGGAGGCCAUAUCCGUUCACGGGCGCCUCAGGACCACCACCACUGCUAUCCAGCGCCGCAGGACCACCACCACUGCUAUCCAGCGCCUCAGGACCACCACCACUGCUAUCCAGCGCCGCAGGACCACCACCACUGCCAGCCAGCGCCGUGCAAUCCAGAUCGCUGCCAACCAGCCGCCCGCUGAGGACCCUCCCGUUGUCAACCGUGGCGGGAUCAAUAAUCUGAACGUAAUGGCGCUCCGCAGAAGUGCUCGUAUUUUGGCGUCCCUUGCCGCCCCGCCCUUGCCCCGACGCGCUGCGUUCCUCCGCGCAGUGGAGGCCAUAUCCGUUCACGGGCGCCUCAGGACCACCACCACUGCUAUCCAGCGCCGCAGGACCACCACCACUGCUAGCCAGCGCCGCAGGACCACCACCACUGCCAGCCAGCGCCGUGCAAUCCAGAUCGCUGCCAACCAGCCGCCCGCUGAGGACCCUCCCGUUGUCAACCGUGGCGGGAUCAAUAGUCGCGGUACCAAUCGCCGUGGGACCAACCGCCGCGAGCCCAAUCGCCGCGGUACCAACAGUCUUCCUGUGCAGGACACCGCACCGAUCGUGACGCUCCUCCAGAAUCCCGACCCACAACGUGGCACCGGUAACCAUGCCGUCAUGGGAGCUUUGGCCGCUAGCUUACAAGUUGCGGGGCUCCAAAUUAGGCGUACGCCGCCUCCGCAAGGAGCGAUCCGACGGACGGGUGCACGGUGGAGUUAG